CAACAACAACUUGUGUAGAACAUUCCCUUUUACAAUUAUCAUACCAAAGCAUCCUAAGGGCAACUAACAGAUUCUGCAUGGAGAAUUUGAUUGGUUCUGGAAGUUUUGGUUCUGUAUACAAAGGAAUUCUUGAAGAGAGUGGAGUAGCUAUUGUAGUGAAGGUGCUUAAUCUUCUAAAUCAAAGAGCUUCCAAGAGUUUCUUCAUUGAAUGCGAGGCCUUGAAGAACAUUCGACAUCGAAAUCUUGUCAAGGUAUUAACAGCCAUUUCAGGUGUCGAUUACCAAGGCAAUGAUUUUAAAGCCUUGGUUUAUGAGUUUAUGGAAAAUGGAAGCUUGGAGAACUGGUUGCAUCCAUAUGUAAGCAUGAAUGAAUCGGAGAUGACAAGAAACCUGAACUUCUUCCAAAGAGUUAAUAUGGCCAUAGAUGUUGCUCAUGCACUACAAUAUUUGCACCAUCAUUGUGCGAUCAUUCAUUGUGACCUGAAGCCAAGUAAUAUUCUGCUUGAUAGGGAAAUGGUUGGAUAUAUAGGUGACUUUGGCUUAGCAAAAAUCCUUUCUGCAGACAGGCUGAACUAUUCUUCCAAUCAAUCAAGUUCCCUCGGAUUAAGAGGAAUUAUUGGCUAUGCUCCACCAGAGUAUGGCAUGGGAAGUGAGUUGUCAACGAAAGGCGAUGUGUAUAGCUAUGGCAUCCUCUUGUUAGGGAUGUUUACAGGGAAAAGGCCUACUGAUGAAAGAUUCAAAGAAGGUUUAAGUCUUCACAAACAUGUUAAGGCAGCUCUACCCAAUCGAGUGAUUGAGAUUAUAGAUCGUAUUCUUCUUCAAGAGAGUGUCGAGGAGGAACAAUCAUAG